AUGACUGCACAAGCCUUGAUCGAGCAUGGAAACUCCUUGGCUGAUAUAUCGUCGUCACUGCAGGAUGCUUCAGCAGCCCCCCAGUCAAGCUAUGUGACUUCCAUCAGUCGAUUGCUGCUCGUCUGGUUACCGUCGAAAGGUAGCCAGGACGACCUGCAGCUGGGGGUCCUCAGCUUCUCUCACGCUCUAGCACUCAGAGAGGCCCCAACUGUCGACACACGGCUGGAUCGCGUGGAUAAUUUCCCUCUCCAUGCCGACCGCAACGAUGCAAACGCCCGAUUAGAGACAAAGACGUCAGAGGUCUCUUGCGUCUCCCACGACUAUAUAAUCACAGCGGACCCCCUACUCAAAACACCGGCACUCCUGGGUCCUUCAGAAGCCAUGAACUCCGUGAUUUUCCUCACCGCACUUUGCGUGGCUGUAGCCACACCAGCAUUGGUCAAACGCCAGGCACCUCAGAACCCUCCUCCUCCAGUAAACGGCGCAAACCCUGCUCCACAACAGCCACCUUUUCCUUUUCCGCCACCUCCAGGCAACGGCACACUCCCCCAAUUCCCUCCACCCCCACCCAAUGGUACCCGCCCCCCGUUUCCGUUACCUCCACCUCCCAGUGGCCCAUUCGGCCCACCCCCACCUCCCCGCGGCCCUUACGGUAUCCCGCCACCACCUCCAGGAAGAUUUGGCCCACCCUCCCGAGGUCCGUUGGGUCCAGGUCAAUUCCCCCCACCCCCUUUCGGCCAAGGACGAGGACAGCAAGGUCGGUUCCCCCCACCCCCCUUCGGCCAAGGACAAGGACAGCAAGGUCGGUUCCCCCCACCCCCCUUCGGCCAAGGACAAGGACAGCAAGGUCGGUUCCCCCAACCACCUUUCGGCCAAGGACAAGGACAGCAAGGUCGGUUCCCCCAACAACCUUUCGGCCAGUUCGGCUCCCAACGGCAGCCAAACUUCAACUUCCCACAGCCCCCACAGGGAGGUUUCCAGUUCCCCCAAGGAUUCCCACAAAACGGGUUCCCCCAACGAGGAUAAUUACCACGACCUCGGUUUAAGCUCACAGUCCUAGGACUCGGAAUUCAGUCAAGGCUGCCACUACAGACACGUCAUUUCUCGUGGUGAUCUCGACAUUUUCUCUGUGCUAUGGACACAACAGAAGCCUAUAAUACCAUUACCAAACAUGUAAUAAAUGCAUGUUUAAUCAAAGCUAUU